UUUGGAAGGAAUUUGCAACAGUAUACAAGUGACAUUUACAGGCUCACCUCAACUAAAGAGAGAAGCCCAACAGUGCCAACAAAACAUCAUGAAGACUGAUUUGAAACAAUUUCACCAUUGCAGUGCUAUAUAUUUUAAUACAGUGUAUACAUUAUGUUACAGAGCAUCAGUGUUCUCUGCAAAUGACCAAUGAUUUUGUUCAGUGUUUUGUAUCACACAAAUCAGAAUAUGCACAUUUACUAGGCUUCAGUACGUCUUUGAUAUAAGCAAAGCUUCCACACUGUUUUGAAAAAUAUUGGAACAGACCCGUAAUACUCUAUUCAAAAUCACUUUUGAUUUAUCAUCAGAUAAAAAUAAUAUUCCAGAGAGAGACAUGGAAUUGAGGGCAGUCCAAGAACCAAAUAGCACCAAAUAGAGAGAGACUGUUUUGCUGACUGAGCACAUCGUGCUUUAUAAAACAAGACGUCGAGUGUGAAUCCAUUUACUGGGGCUGACUUCAAGUAGAUUGCUCAUAUAAUUUGGCCAGCUUUUACUCACUGGAAAAGAGUAAAGUGCCACCAUGAGUGGGAACACGGAACUGGAGUGCUUUGGCCCGGCGGCCAUUUUCCUCCGUAAGCCAGAGAGAGAAAGAAUUGAGGCUCAGAACACACCAUUUGAUGCAAAGACAGCCUAUUUUGUGACUGAACCUAAGGAGAUGUACCUCAAAGGGGUGCUAAUGAGCAAAGAGGGUGGCAAAGCCACUGUCAAAACUCUGUGUGGCAAAACUAUCACAGUGAAGGAGGAUGAAAUUCACCCAAUGAAUCCCCCCAAGUUUGAUAAGAUCGAGGACAUGGCCAUGAUGACCCACCUCAGUGAACCCACUGUGCUGUACAACCUCAAAGAGCGCUAUGCAGCAUGGAUGAUCUACACUUACUCUGGGUUGUUCUGUGUCACUGUGAACCCCUAUAAGUGGCUCCCAGUGUACGAUUCUGUUGUUGUGUCAGCCUACAGGGGCAAAAAAAGAAUUGAAGCUCCACCUCACAUCUUCUCCAUCUCUGACAACGCCUAUCAGUUCAUGCUCACUGAUCGUGACAAUCAAUCGAUCUUGAUCACUGGAGAAUCUGGUGCAGGAAAGACUGUGAACACCAAACGCGUCAUCCAGUACUUUGCAACAAUUGCUGUAUCUGGUCAGAAGAAGGUAGAGCCUGGAAAAAUGCAGGGGUCACUGGAGGAUCAAAUCAUUGCAGCCAACCCCUUGCUGGAAGCCUAUGGAAAUGCCAAGACUGUGAGGAAUGACAACUCUUCCCGCUUUGGUAAAUUUAUCCGAAUUCAUUUUGCCACCACUGGAAAACUGGCCUCAGCUGAUAUUGAAACUUAUCUGCUGGAAAAGUCCAGGGUAACUUACCAGCUGUCUGCUGAGAGAAGCUACCACAUCUUCUACCAGCUCUGCACUGGCCAUAAGCCAGAACUGCUGGAGGCUCUUCUGAUCACCACUAACCCAUAUGACUAUUCCAUGAUCAGUCAUGGUGAGAUCACAGUCAAGAGCAUUGAUGAUGUGGAAGAGUUUGUUGCAACUGAUACAGCUAUUGAUAUUCUGGGCUUCACUCUUGAGGAGAAAAUGGGCAUCUACAAGCUGACAGGAGCUGUGAUGCAUCAUGGGAACAUGAAGUUCAAGCAGAAGCAGAGGGAGGAGCAGGCUGAGCCUGAUGGAAAUGAGGUGGCUGAUAAAAUCGCUUACCUCAUGGGACUGAACUCUGCUGACAUGCUGAAAGCUUUGUGUUUUCCCAGAGUGAAGGUCGGGAAUGAAUAUGUGACCAAAGGUCAAACUGUUCCUCAGGUGUAUAAUGCAGCCAUGGCUCUGUGCAAGUCAGUCUAUGAGAAAAUGUUCUUGUGGAUGGUUGUCAGAAUCAAUGAGAUGCUGGACACCAGGCAAGCAAGACAGUUCUUCAUCGGAGUGCUUGACAUUGCUGGGUUCGAAAUCUUUGAUUUCAACAGCCUGGAGCAGCUGUGCAUUAAUUUCACCAAUGAGAAACUGCAACAGUUUUUCAACCACCACAUGUUUGUGCUGGAACAAGAGGAAUACAAGAAAGAAGGUAUUGAGUGGGAGUUCAUUGACUUCGGUAUGGACUUGGCUGCCUGCAUUGAGCUUAUUGAGAAGCCAAUGGGUAUUUUCUCCAUCCUUGAGGAGGAGUGUAUGUUCCCCAAAGCAACAGACAUGACCUUCAAGAACAAGCUGCAUGACCAGCAUCUUGGUAAAACUCCAUCCUUCCAGAAGCCCAAACCGGCCAAAGGCAAAGCUGAGGCCCACUUCUCCUUGGUGCACUAUGCUGGAACUGUGGAUUACAACAUCACAGGCUGGCUGGAUAAGAACAAGGACCCUCUAAAUGACUCUGUGGUUCAGUUGUACCAGAAGUCUUCAUUGAAACUUCUGGCUCAUCUGUAUGCUGCUCAUGCUUCUACUGAAGAGGCAGCAGGCAAAAAGGCUGCCAAGAAAAAGGGUGGUUCCUUUCAAACAGUGUCUGCUGUGUUUAGAGAGAACUUGGGCAAGCUGAUGACCAAUUUGAGGAGCACACAUCCCCAUUUUGUACGCUGCCUGAUUCCAAAUGAAUCAAAAACACCUGGUCUUAUGGAGAACUUUCUGGUCAUCCACCAGUUGCGCUGUAACGGUGUACUGGAAGGAAUCAGAAUUUGCAGAAAGGGUUUCCCAAGCAGAAUCCUCUAUGGUGACUUUAAGCAGAGAUACAAAGUACUGAAUGCUAGUGUCAUCCCUGAGGGUCAGUUCAUUGACAAUAAGAAGGCUUCAGAGAAGCUUCUUGGCUCAAUUGAUGUGGAUCAUACCCAGUACAAGUUUGGACACACCAAGGUGUUCUUCAAAGCUGGUCUGCUGGGUACCCUUGAGGAGAUGCGAGAUGAAAAAUUAGCUGCGCUGGUUACCAUGACGCAGGCUCUUUGUCGCGGCUUUGUUAUGAGGAAAGAGUUUGUCAAAAUGAUGGAGAGAAGAGAGGCCAUCUACAGCAUCCAGUACAACAUCCGCUCAUUCAUGAAUGUGAAACACUGGCCAUGGAUGAAGCUGUAUUUUAAGAUCAAGCCUCUGCUGAAGAGUGCAGAGACUGAGAAGGAAAUGGCAGUCAUGAAAGAGAAUUUUGAAAAAAUGAAGGAGGAUCUAGCAAAGGCACUUUCCAAGAAGAAGGAGCUGGAGGAGAAAAUGGUUUCUCUGCUGCAGGAGAAAAAUGACCUUCAGUUACAAGUGGCAUCUGAAUCAGAAAACCUGUCUGAUGCUGAGGAGAGAUGUGAAGGACUCAUCAAAAGCAAGAUCCAGUUUGAGGCGAAACUUAAAGAGACAACUGAAAGAUUAGAGGAUGAGGAAGAAAUCAAUGCUGAACUGACAGCCAAGAAGAGAAAACUAGAGGACGAGUGCUCUGAGCUAAAGAAAGACAUUGAUGAUUUAGAGCUUACCUUGGCCAAAGUGGAGAAGGAGAAACAUGCCACUGAAAACAAGGUGAAAAAUCUUACAGAGGAGAUGACUUCACUGGAUGAAAGCAUUGCAAAGUUAACCAAAGAGAAGAAAGCCCUACAAGAGGCGCAUCAGCAAACUUUGGAUGAUCUGCAGGCAGAAGAGGACAAAGUUAAUAGUCUGACGAAAGCUAAAGCCAAACUUGAACAACAAGUUGAUGAUCUGGAAGGUUCUCUGGAGCAAGAAAGGAAACUCCGCAUGGACCUUGAGAGAGCCAAGAGAAAGCUUGAGGGUGACCUGAAACUAGCCCAAGAAUCCAUUAUGGAUCUGGAAAAUGACAAGCAACAAUCAGAUGAGAAGAUGAAGAAGAAGGACUUUGAGAUAAGCCAAUUUCUAAGCAAGAUUGAGGAUGAACAGUCUAUUAGUGUUCAACAUCAGAAGAAGAUCAAGGAACUCCAGGCCCGCAUUGAGGAGCUGGAGGAAGAAAUCGAGGCAGAGCGUGCCGCUCGUGCUAAGGUUGAGAAGCAGCGAUCUGAUCUCUCCAGGGAACUUGAGGAGAUCAGUGAGAGGCUUGAAGAAGCAGGUGGUGCCACUUCUGUCCAGAUUGAGAUGAGCAAGAAACGUGAGGCUGAGUUCCAGAAACUACGCCGCGAUCUGGAGGAGUCCACCCUACAGCAUGAAGCAACUGCUGCGGCACUCCGCAAGAAGCAAGCUGACACUGUGGCAGAGCUGGGAGAGCAGAUCGACAACCUCCAGCGUGUGAAACAGAAGCUAGAAAAGGAGAAAAGCGAAUACAAAAUGGAGAUUGAUGAUCUGUCAACCAAUAUGGAAUCUGUUGCCAAAUCAAAGUGUAACUUGGAGAAGAUGUGCCGUACGCUUGAAGAUCAGCUGAGUGAACUUAAGUCCAAAAAUGAUGAAGCAAUCCGUCAACUAAAUGAUUUAAGUACACAAAGAGCAAGACUAGCAACUGAGAAUGGUGAAUUCAGUCGUCUGCUAGAGGAAAAAGAGGCUCUUGUUUCUCAGUUGACUCGAGGCAAGCAAGCUUUCACUCAGCAAAUUGAAGAGUUUAAGAGGCACAUUGAGGAAGAAAUCAAGGCAAAGAAUGCCCUGGCACAUGCUGUGCAGUCAGCACGGCAUGACUGUGAUCUGCUCAGAGAGCAGUACGAGGAAGAACAGGAGGCCAAAUCUGAGCUUCAGCGCAGCAUGUCAAAGGCCAACAGUGAGGUAGCUCAAUGGAGAGCCAAAUAUGAGACUGAUGCCAUUCAGCGUACUGAAGAGCUUGAGGAAGCAAAGAAAAAGCUUGCUCAGCGUUUGCAGGAUGCUGAGGAGUCCUUUGAGGCUGUGAACUCAAAGUGUGCUUCUCUGGAGAAAACCAAACAGCGACUGCAGGCUGAAGUUGAAGAUCUCAUGACUGAUGUAGAGAGAGCUAAUGCUGUUGCUGCCAAUCUUGACAAGAAACAACGGAACUUCGACAAGGUUUUGGCCGAGUGGAAGCAAAAGUAUGAGGAAAGCCAAGCAGAACUGGAAGGAUCUCUGAAAGAGACCCGUUCUCUUAGUACAGAGCUUUUUAAGAUGAAGAACUCCUAUGAAGAAACCCUGGAUCAUCUGGAGACCCUCAAGAGGGAAAACAAAAACCUUCAGCAUGAAAUAUCUGACUUGACUGAACAAAUUGGUGAAAGCGGUAAGACCAUUCAUGAGCUGGACAAAGCCAAGAAGACAGUUGAAACAGAGAAAAUAGAAAUCCAGACUGCUCUUGAGGAAGCUGAGGGAACCCUGGAACAUGAGGAAUCUAAGAUUAUUCGUAUUCAGCUUGAGCUAAGUCAAGUGAAAGGGGAGAUUGAUCGUAAGUUGGCUGAGAAAGAUGAGGAGAUUGAACAGAUAAAAAGGAAUAGCCAAAGAGUGAUUGAAUCCAUACAGAGUACUCUAGACUCUGAGAUCAGGAGCAGAAAUGAAGCCCUAAGAGUCAAGAAGAAGAUGGAAGGAGACCUCAAUGAGAUGGAGAUUCAGCUGAGCCAUGCAAAUCGCCAGGCUGCUGAAGCUCAGAAACAGCUCAGGAACAUUCAGGGACAAUUCAAGGAUGCCCAACUGCACCUUGAUGAUGCUCUGAGGGUUCAAGAGGACAUGAGAGAGCAGGUUGCCAUGGUAGAGCGCAGGAACAACCUGAUGCUGGCUGAGAUUGAGGAGCUGAGAGUUGCUCUGGAGCAGACCGAGAGAGGCCGCAAAGUGGCCGAGCAAGAACUGGUGGAUUCCAGUGAGCGUGUAGUACUUUUGCACUCCCAGAACACCAGUCUCAUCAACACCAAGAAGAAGCUUGAGGCAGAUUUUGUUCAAGUCCAAGGUGAAGUUGAUGAUGCUAUUCAGGAGUCACGAAAUGCAGAGGAGAAGGCUAAGAAAGCUAUCACUGAUGCCGCCAUGAUGGCAGAGGAGCUAAAGAAAGAGCAGGACACGAGUGCUCAUCUUGAGAGAAUGAAGAAGAACCUGGAGGUUACAGUCAAAGACAUGCAACACCGUUUGGAUGAGGCUGAGACUCUGGCCUUGAAGGGUGGAAAGAAGCAGAUCCAGAAACUGGAAGCUAGGGUUCGUGAGCUAGAAAGCGAGGUUGAGGCUGAGCAAAGAAGAGGUGCCGAAGCCAUUAAAGGAGUUCGGAAGUAUGAGAGAAGAGUUAAGGAAUUCACCUACCAGUCUGAAGAAGAUAAGAAGAAUAUUAUCAGACUGCAGGAUCUGGUGGACAAACUGCAGAUGAAAGUGAAGUCGUAUAAGAGACAAGCUGAGGAAGCUGAGGAACAGGCCAGCACUCACCUAUCCAGGUACAGGAAGGUGCAGAAUGAGAUGGAGGAAGCUCAGGAGAGGGCUGACAUCGCUGAGUCCCAGGUCAACAAGCUCCGUGCAAAGAGUCGUGAGGCUGGAAAGGGAAAAGAGGUUGCAGAGUGAAUAUCACCCUUCAAGAAGAGACAGCAAUGAACGAGCAUAUAAUAUGAGUUUGUGCUGUGUCUGAAUCAUGCGGUCAAUAAAAUUGCCCACUAAACAAUAA